AUGGCCUCGAUCGCGCGCCAGUCUCCCCUCCUCCGGCAAUCCUGCCUCUCUGCGUUCCGCGCUCCCUGGGCGACUCGUAAUGUCGCGCAGGUCGUGGCUUUUCAUGCUUCCGCCAGGAAGCAGAUCUUGCCUCCUUUGCCUCAGACGAUUCAGGGAACGAUGAACGACCCUGCUCCGAUCCCUACCUCCCACCCCACUGAGGGCAGCUACCACUGGACUUUCGAGAGACUCGUCUCCGCCGGCCUCGUCCCCCUCUGCAUCGCCCCCUUCGCCGCCGGUUCCAUGAGCCCCGUCAUGGACGCCGUCAUCUGCUCCGCCAUCGUCGUCCACUCGCACAUUGGGUUCCAUGCCUCCAUCACCGAUUACUUCCCCACCCGUCGCGUCCCCAAGACCCACACCUUCAUGAUCUGGUUGCUUCGCGCUUUCACUGUUGGUACGGCCGUCGGGUUGUAUGAGUUUGAGACGAAUGAUGUGGGUGUUACGGAGGCGAUUCGGCGGGUGUGGAAAGCCUAGCCUACCUCAGUUCAGUUCAGUUGAGUUGAGUUGAGUUGAGUGGUUAGGGGAUUUUUUUUAGUUUGGGUUUAGUUUGGUGUCUAUCUGUCUGCCCGCGGACUUGUCUGUAUAUGUUUGUUUGUUGGGUUUUUUUUUUCCGCUGUUGAAGGGCAGAGGAGAUAAAAGAGUAGAGGAAUAUACCUGUUUAUCUUUCACUGUAUUUGCCUUGGUUAGGGGGGAAUGGUUUGGGUCGUAGGUUGGGUAUGGGUAUGAUAUGGGUAUGGUACUCUAUGCAUAGUUAUUAUAGAUACAAACAAACCAUCCAACGC